AUGAAACCGUUAGUGAAGAUUAUGGUGCCGGCGGUACUGCUGGUGAUGACCUUGACCAGAGGUCACGCCGGGGUCACUAGUCAAAACAGUUGGUGGAGUAAAAAGUCUGUGUUGGGGGCGCUUUCCUCCAAGCCCCAACACUUUCCCUCCUCACUACACACUCUCAAGGAGGCUCCAACAUACUUCACAGGAGAGGCAGCCCUUACUGCUCCAGGACAAGGUGCUUCACGCUACUCCUCAACACAUUCCACGGAGGAAACACAGCUGGCACGAACUACCAACAAUCUGGUACCCAGCUUUGACACCUGGCAGAGUGAUACUGCUUAUUCUGUCUCUACAGCUCUGCCAGAUGAGAGAGCGAGGAAGGCAGCAGACAUCGCCAUGCUUCAAGCCCAUCCUUUCACUUUCCACUUCUGUAGGUGCGUCCAGCGGGCUGUAACUCCCAGCUGUCAUGCUGCUUUCCACGCCCUCGCACACCCCUCAUCUGCACGCCCUCACACGCCCCCGUCAACACGCCCACACCCACCUAUGUCCGUUCUACACAGCCUGACACACCCGCCCAGUAACUGAGUAUCGCCGAGGCAGAAACUGUACAACGUCCGGUGUAAGAUUCUGUUAUUACCCAGUCAGCCAUGAGUAGAAAGAGAGUCGAACCUGGACCACUCCUUGUGUUGAAUGCCCCACACGGGUCACAGCAUCCACUUCAUAGCCAAUAUUUUCAAGUUUCUGAAAAUGUUUGUGUCAAGUACAUGUUCAUUACGAGUCAAGGACUUUACAAAAAAGAAUGUGUAGUAUAAUGAUAUGAUGCAGAUGAUGAUGGUGAGAACUGAGAUAAUAAUGAUGGUAAUAAUAUAAUGAUGUUAGUAUGAUCAUAAUAGUUAUA